AUGAUAAAAAUACAAAACAAGUAUAGCUACUCAGAAGAUGAUCUAAUCGGAGUUGGAGCCUAUUCUAGGGUUUAUAAGGGUUUAAUCGACAAGACCUAAGAGUUCGUUGCUAUAAAAGUUAUUGAUUGGAGUAAGGUUUAAGAUAAAUACUAUGUUUCUGGGUUUUAGAGGGAGGUUCGAAUACUGAGAGAUUUAGAUCAUUAAAACAUAGUUAAAAUCAUUGAGAUGUUCCACGACGCCAGUUAGAAUAGAGAAUAUCUCAUAAUGGAAUAUUGCGAUAGUCAAAAUCUCAAGUCCUUCCUUUAUCAAUCUGGAGGAGUUCUGAGCGAAAACGUAGCAAAAAUAGUCUUGUAGCAAUUGUUGACUGCUCUCAAUGAACUAAUAAAGAAAGAGUACUUGCAUAGAGACAUCAAACCAGAGAACAUCUUGAUUCACUAAAGGACUUUGAAAUUAGCAGAUUUUGGAUUCUCUGUAAAGGCAGAUUAUUCUGGCAAUCAACUUUUUAGAGAAAAUGUAGGCACACCAUUGUAUAUGGCUCCAUAAAUACUUGAAAAUAAACACUAUUCGACGAAAUGUGACAUCUGGUCCAUAGGAAUUAUGACUUAUCAAAUGAUAACUGGGGAUUAUCCUUGGAUGGGUGAUGAUCCUACUCAACUUUUGAAAUCCAUAAAAUCGUAAAAAUUAUCUUUUCCUUCACAAAUCUAAAUAUCGAAUGAAUUCAAAGAAUUUAUAAUAAAUUGUUUACAAUUUGAAGAAAAAAAUCGAUACAAUUGGGAUGAUUUAUUAGAUCAUAAAAUAUUUAAAACUAAAUAUGUAAUACAAAAGAAUUAAAUAAAACUCGAACAACUCUAAUUAGCAAUCGAUGAAUUAAGAUAGGCUCAGAAAAAAAGAGGAACUCCUUUGGAACAAUUAUUCACAAAUUUAGAUAUGGAUGGCGAUAAGAAGCUGACUUUCGAAGAAUUUUAGGUGUUGUUACUGUAUGUUGACAAACAAAUGGAGAUAAAUAUUUAAAAAGGAAUCUUUUAUAAGUACAAUGUUAGCAAGAAUAACUUACUUAAUUUUAAUGAAUUUAGCAGGAUAUUUCAUUGA